UUAUAAACAUAUAAAAUAAUUUAUAACAUUGUUGUACUUUUCGUGAAUUGAAUUCCCUUCCACUGAUAUGCUAUUUUAGGAAUUACCAUUAACCAGUCAGAGAGUACAAUCUUAUCACAUGACUUUCUUAACCAAUCAAGAUCCGGCAUCUUCAUUCUUAGCCAUCAUUUUACGAAGGAUAACACGCUUAUUCAUUUUGUUUAAGAUUCUGUUAUUUACGCUAUAAUUAAGUCAUAUCUUAAACAACAUUAUACGAUGAAACGCAAUAAACGUACGGCUACUGUCAGUAAAUGCCUGUUACCAUGUUGUACGGCGGGUACAUCAAGCCUUAGUCCAGAGGACGAUGCCGUGCACAAUCAUGACAAUGUGACUACAAGGAAAAGAACAAAAGCUAAGAACAGUAGUCAAACAAACCAUAGUCCAGAGGACGAUACCAUACACAAUCAUGACAAUGUGACAACAAGGAAUCAUGAGAAAAGAACAAAAUCUAAGAAUAGCAGUAAACAUAUAAGAAGACGCAACAAAAGUAAUCACAAUGCCAACAGUCUACCUACGCCGUCACAGCCAUCUACAACACAAAGGGUUCCACCUCCACACAGCCAUCUGCCACCAUUACAGGUCCAACAGAGUUCGGACACUAGCACUGAUGACUCUGAAAGUGAUGACUCUGAAAGUGAUGAUGACAUUUUUAAUUUAGAUAGUGUAAUUCAUAACCACACAUAUAACCUGGCAGGUAACAUUGGUCUAUCACAAUUUGAAGAGCCUGUUUCCACACCUAUUUCACAUUCAAUUCCUAACAAAAUUAUUAGGAAAAUUCAGUCCAACAAAUUUGUCGACUUUGCAACUCUUCUGCCAAACAUGGCACUAUCAAUGUCACAUCAGGACCAAUUUUCACUGACAGUCAAUUCCAAAAACCAUUUGAGCCUGGUCCCCUCAACAAAUACUAAGAGAAUACAUAAUAUUGACUGUUGGACUACUGCAUUCUUAAGGUUUGUGGCAAUCUACUCCACAACCUACCCGCAUGAGACCCCACAGUUAAUGAAAUAUGGGGAAAUUGUGCGGGACCUAGCUAGCCGGAGACCGGGCCUUGCCUGGUCUUACUACGAUUGCCAGUUUCGUAUGUUCCGGGAACGGCAGGUUGGGCGGCAGACCAGGUCUCCUGGUCUUUUGUGGCGGUUUUCGUCGCCCAGAUAUGGAAAAAUAUGUUAUAUGUAGUUAUUUGUUUAAACUUUCAUGGCAAAUAAAUAAAUUUGCCGUAGUUAUAUUUACUUGUUUAAACAUUCAAGGCAAAUAAAUAAAUUUGCCCUUUUUCAAUCUAUAACCUUGUUACUUUUCUAUUUUCCCAUACGUAGUACACAGGGCCGAAGUUUGGUUGUAAAACAGAUGAGAUAAAUAUAUUUUAUAAACAUAUAAAAUAAUUUAUAACAUUGUUGUACUUUUCGUGAAUUGAAUUCCCUUCCACUGAUAUGCUAUUUUAGGAAUUACCAUUAACCAAUCAGAGAGUACAAUUUUAUCACAUGACUUUCUUAACCAAUCAAGAUCCGGCAUCUUCAUUCUUAGCCAUUAUUUUACGAAGGAUAACACGCUUAUUCAUUUUGUUUAACCGCCGCCUCCCUUUUCCUCCACCUCUUAUUUUGUUUACUCUCUGUUUGGCUGUUGGUUUUUAUUAUUUCUUAUAAUAUUGACACCACCUGUUUCUAUUACUUCUUAUAAUUUUGACACCACUUCUCUUUGUUGUUAUUUAUAUGAACUUGUUAAAUUUUGAGACACAGACAAAUAUGUUAUAAAUACUAA